AAGAAAAAAGAGGAGUUUUUUGAGAUGAAAAGAAAAGUUCUUCGGGAACACGAAGAAUCCAAAAAGCGAAUGGUAUGGCUGGAUCUGUUCAGAGUGAGGCGCAAUUUAAGAGCUGUAUUUUUGGGUGUAAUGUUGAUGGUAAUUCAAGAAUUUUCUGGUAUUAAUGCAAUCAGUUAUUAUAUGGGAACUCUAUUACAUCGUAGUGGAUUCUCUUCCUUGGAUUCUGUCUAUUGGAGUAUGCUUCCUGGAUUCUGUGGAAUUUUAGGUACAUUGUCCCCAGUUCUCUUCAUGGAUCAUUUUGGUAGAAGAAUAAUGGAUGAUGAUAUUAGCUUCGAUAUCUGUUGUCAUCUAAUGACAGAAAUUGGAGUCUUUGCUGGUUUCUUUGGAUGCAUUACUUUUCUGCGUCUUCUAUAUUGUCUUUUAUUGAUGCCUGAAACAAAAGGUAAAACUUUAGAGCAACUGAAUGAAGUAUUUGAAAUGCCUAGUAAAAAACUUGUUGCAAAGAAUAUUGCUAUGAUUGAUUUACUACAUUUGAGGUUUGGAAAUGCUUUGGGUUGGUAGUCAGUUGUGUCCAACACUAGUGUCAUUGAAUUGUU